AUGGAAGAACUUAUAAGCGCAUGGCCAAAUCAUGUGAAGGAUUUACCACGUGUUACAGUUAUCCCAUUGAAAAAAACAACAAUUCAUGUCUUCACCGAUGCUUCAUCAGUCGCAUUUGCAGCUGUUGCAUACGAAUACGGUCCGCACAAUUCGUUAAAAAACCCAAAUGAAAUUAGAAGCAAAGGGCACCGGAUACAAAAUCACUCUCGUCUACUGCCCAGAUUCAUACAAAAUAGAGUCAAAGACAAUGAAUUAUGGAGAUUUAACAGUCGACUAAGAAACGCGGAUCUAAAACGAGCCCUUCCCAAACGUAAUCGUAUCAUCUCACAAAAAACUACAUGGGGAUAUGAAGGAUAUACACCACGGUGGAAUUACGCAUACGACUGCGAAAAUGAGAACCAGUUUCUGGAUAUCAAACGGCAGAACAGAAGUUAA